CGCAAGCGGCGUGUGGAGCUCAAGUGCAUGGAGCUGCAGGAGAUGAUGGAAGAGCAAGGGUACUCCGAAGAGGAGAUCCGGCAGAAAGUGGGGACCUUCCGGCAAAUGCUGAUGGAGAAGGAAGGAGUGCUCACCCGGGAGGACCAGCACGGGCGCCAAAUAGUGAUAGAAAACCACCACAUGGUGGACGGGGAGGAGUACGCCGCCGAGUACCCCGAGUACGGCGAGGGCUGCCUGCUGCAGUGCGACUGCUCGGAGCCUGCCGCAUCGCAGCCCGCGGCAGGAGGAAGGCUGAAAAGACGGUCAAGCAGCUCCACCUCUCCCCCGCCCAAGAAGAAAAAGAAAAAGAAAUCGGGUCACCGCCGGAGCCGCAAAAAGAGGAAACCUGGCUCGGAGCGCAGCUGCGACAGCUCUUCGCCAAUCCGCAAGGAGAAGAAAAAGAAGGCUGGAAAGAAACACAGACGUGACAGGUCUGAGUCUGGAUCCCGGAAGAAGAGAAGACACAGGUCCAGGAGCCCCAAGAACAAAAGGAAAGAGAAAAACAAAGAGCGCAAGAGGUCCCACAGUGAAUCCCCAGCCUGGCGGUCGCACAGACGCAGUAGCUGCAGCUCCCACAGUGCUUCGCUCUCCUCUGAUUACAGCAACUCCAAAUCCCCCAGCAGGCUGAGCCCCAAGCACCGCGAGGACGGCCCCAAGGGCAGCAGCGCCCGCUCCAGCCGCACUGAGAAGCACGGCCACCGGCACCGCUCCCGCACUGCCUCGCCGCCCCGGCACCGGGGCCAGAGCAAGGCCAGGGCCGCAGCCCCCCGGGAGACAUCGCCACCGGCACUCAGCCCCACGGGCUACAGCAGCGACUCGGAGGGCUCAGCGUGCUCGCACCCCUACCACCUGCCGCCCGGUCCUGAGAAGAACCAUGGUGCUCAUGCCAAGAAGGUGAAGGAGAGACAUCAUCGGGGCAGGCCGAACAGCAGCUCAGAGUCGUCAGCCAAGCACUCACGGCACAUGUCUGAGCGGAAGAAGAGCCUGUCCCACAGCACGGGGCACAGGAGCAGCUCCUGGAGCUCCAGCGGCUCCCUGUCCAAGUCCCGCUCCCGCUCCCGGGAGAAACGAGCAGCGCGGAGCAGGACCCGGUCUCCAUCGCAGAAAAAAACCGCGAGCAGAGAGAAGGACAACGAGCCCCGAACACGCCACAGCGACCCUGAUCCUGCCCGGGCCAGACGUCGCUCCAGAAGCUAUUCUCCCAUCAGGAAGAGGAGACGUGACUCUCCCAGUUUCAUGGAGCCCAGAAGGAUUACGAGGUAG